CAAGGUAAAGAAUACCUCAACUGAAUGAGCGUCAUAUUGUACGUAAUGGAGUCGAUGUUCUGUUGAACAUAGUUUUUCUUACAACAAAUAGUGUUUCCUCAAGAAAAUUCACAUAAAAGUUUGUGUUAAUGUGCAUUAUUGGAUUACAGUGAAUGAUAUACAACAAUUUAUGGAUUCCACCGACAGAAUUAUCGACUACAACAACCUCACCCGUCUGUCAAUGUCUGGCGAUUGGUGCGGUUCAAAUAUAAAUCUGUUUUGCGGACGUGAUUGAUAGAGCCAGGCCUGUCGACGGGUUCAUGGUUUUGCGAGGGCACUUAGAUUGCGAAACGCAAUCAAAUGAAGGUAUGGCUUCCGAUCAGCCCGUUAAGAAGAAGCAGCGUAUAGACGCGCCCGACAUCGACGACGGCAGCGACAGGUCGGCUGAGGAGAUCACUGAUAUAUUUGACUCGGAAACCUCUCCAGCGGAGCCAUCAGACGACUUUCCUCGAAAUGGUGAGUCUCCUGACAGCGGAACCGUUAGCGAGGAUGCCGUGGACUGCUCAACCAUCCUCCGGCUGCCUAGUGAAGAAAUAAUACCAUCCUGUUCAAGUACAACCCAGCAAUGGACAGUGGCUGAUGACAAACUGCUUGCUGAGCUAAGAAUUCUACAAGAAAACCUUGUAGGCCAGUGUCUGUGCACGGUAGAGGAACAUAAAGUCUCGCAAAUGUUUGAUAGACGGCUAAACAUUGUAUCAUGGCCGUUAACAUGCUCAUUGACUUAUUUAUCUACUAUGCAGCUGAUGUUUGACAUAUAUUUAAAACAAAAUAAUACUGGUACAAUAUGUUCAAAGUUGAUGCAAGCUUGUGACAUGCUCGUGAGGAACCGGCAUGAUUGGAUUACAGAAGUUGUAGAACUUGCUGACCAUAAAAGCAAAUUCAUAACAUUUGUGGCCAGUAGAGUGUUAGCAAGCUUUCUCAUAGUUGCUAAAGACACUGUUGAUGAGAACUGGCUCCAACAAAUCGCAGAAAACAUCUACCUUUUUGAUAGAAUUAAUAGGAUAACAGUACAAAAGAUUAACUUUAGUCUUGAUAUUAUUAAAAGGAUAGUUGAAUGGAAAGAUGUGGAACAGCAUCCAUUAGAAGAUAGCAACUACAUCAACUCGGUGGGCAACAUGCAUGUUCAGGAAGACAAUCCGUUCAGGAGUAGUGCCGGUUACAGUACAAGUCAGAUGCCAUCCAGCUCCCAUGGAGACAAUUUACAUAAUGAGUUUUCAAAUCUCCAAACACACGGUGCACCAUCGACAUCCUCAGGUGAAAAGCCUGCCGAAACCAAACCGGUUACAUUCAAGCUUCACGAGCCAGUGCUAAAGUUUCCUAUGGACCAGCAAGUUAGUGGGAUAGAGCAGCCGGAAUCCCCUGAGCCUCCAGCGUCUAGAAUGGAACGGGUCAAUGAGAAUGGUUGUGUAACAGUCAUACUAACAGACUCGGAGUCAUUUGACACUUCACACAUCAAAUGCUUGACUAUAAAGACGCUAGAGCAGCACUGGCCUGUCCUAGUUAAGAACAUGAAGCUCCUACUCCUCCGGUACCUGAAUUUAGCGAAUGCUGAAAACUGUAUACUAACAUUUUUCUCACUAUGGGAGAAUAUUAUUAGCGUAAAAGCCAACCUCUCAGUGAUAGACACUAAGCCAUUUUACGCAGACUUGCAGGGUUUUGUAGAUUUGUUAAGGAACACCAUUCUCCCGAGCAUGGUGUACACGCAUUUAUUAAGUUUGUUUAACGAAGUUUUAUGCUAUGGCUCCACAUUGGCGCUACAAGAUAUUUUGCCUGAAGAGAUAUGUUGUUUAGCGCACUCUAUUGUCAGAUUUGUGAAAGAUUUCAGGCUUCUCAAUGAUGUAAGAGUCCGGAACAGUAGAAGUGGUUUUGGUUUCCUAGGGAAUGAAUGCACUGUUCUCAGGGACUACUCUCUAGGUCCCACAGUUACGGCACUUUCAGCGUCUAUACAACUGGUAGAUCAAAGCUAUGGAGACGAUGAUAAUGAUGAUACCAAUCAGUCUAACACUGAAGUAGACAAAACUAUGUUACAAAGAAUGUCUCUCUUAGUCCUGAAAUCCAUAGCAGUAACGGUUAAAGAGAUGAGAUGCGAUUCCUCAGACAGUUCUAUUGAUUCUUCUGAUUACAAUGCCAUACAAGACAUGCAGAUAGUAGAAAGAUCUAUACGUGAUGUCUUAAAAAAAUUAGAUGCUUUUAUUAGAAACACUAUGGAAUUCCAUCCGGAGACUCCUUUCACUAAAAUGCUGAUACACUUAUUUAGUGAACAGGAUGACUAUCUAAUUGAAUCCAUGGUGUGCACUUUGGAUAUAACUGUCGGUAUAGUGUACAGAAACUCUAUGUAUCCCGACUUAAUACCUAUGCUGAACCCUAUAGCUUCUUUUAUAGAGUUCUUGAAAGUAGUUUCGCAUGAUAGUGAUGUGUUACUAGACUACUUAGUGAGCAAUGAGACCUGUUUCUUGCUGUAUUUGCUUCGGUUCCUCAAGUAUGUGAGGCGCAACUGGCCGAAGUUUAUAGAAACGUGUCAACACACUGACUCCGCUGGCAGCCGAGGCCUGGAUGACACUAUGCGGGUUUUAAUACGGCUCAGAUUGCAGAUCAGUAGACUUGUAUCACGAUCUUUGUUCCCGUAUAAUAUCAGCCCAGUACUGAGACUGUUAGAGGUGUGUGAGAGCCUUUAUGAAGGCAAUGAAUUGAGCUGAAAAUUCAUGUAUGACUUGAUACGGAUCGGCUGACACACUUGACACAGGGAUAUCUGAUGUAUAUUUCUGACUACACAUAGUCCAAUUUGCCCUAUUAUUUGCAUAUGCAUACA